CAUGUAGUGGCCCACAUAAAUAUGACCUUACAAAGUGGGUGUUUGAUGAAUAUCAACUACCAAGAAUGCUUAAAGAUACAUUGGAUGAUAUAUUAAAGAAAUUUAGAGAUGCAAGUAGAGAUUCAUCAAAUCUUUAUACUAUCGGAAUUCAAUCGUUUAAACUUCCUCUAUUAUAUUUAUCUUAUGACAAGCUACGUCUUGCACUUUCAUGGGCAUGGAAUAUAAGAAGACUUGUGAAAGAACUGUCACUAAAAUUGGAUGACAGUGCGAUUGUUUCCUCUAAAACUCCUGAACGAGAUCUACCAAAUGAAAUGAAAACUAUAAAAAUACCAGAGAAAUUAAAAAAGAGAAAGUAA